UUAAUAUUAUUAAAAUAUCUACAUUCAGGAUUUGAACAACUGAAACAAUAUUUCACGGUUUUGUGUAUAAGCGCUGAAAUUGUAUUUAUAACCUAAUGCAAAUGUAGCAGUUUCCUUCUAGGAACAAUAUAUAAAUAUAAAUGAACGCCCCUUUCUGUUCAACGUAUGGUUAUAGACAGGUAAAUGUGUUCCUGGAGGAUGGAAACCAGUCGAAUUAGUUCAAGUUACAUCUGCUUCAAAUAAGAAUAGUGCACUGAUGAGAGCUGCGCGCUCACGCGAUGAGCGUCUCGACAGCGUGCGCGCUCUCGCUUAUUGUAGCAGGUUUCUAUGGUUACAGAGUCGUUGUACUCAACGUAGUUUUCUGUCGAUUUAAUUUCUUUAAAAAAAGAGCUUAACAGUUCACAAUGGAUUUCAGCAAACUCGAAGAAAUGAAUCUGACACGUGAUGAAAUAAAUCGUUUCGGUGAAGCUCUAAAAGACGAGAAGUUCCGCGAGUUACUGAACGAAUACGCGACCGAGAUCUCAGACCCCGAGAACAAGAGAAGAUACGAGGAGGAGAUCACACAGCUGGAGAAGGACAGAGGAACGAACGUGCAGUUCAUUCACCCCGAAGCUCAUCACGUGCUGAAGAUCCGAGGAGCACGCGAGAAGCGCUUCAUCAAUAUCUGCUCCAAUCAGCUGAUCGAUAAACCCUCGUGUGAAGCGGGCCGAGACCGAGACGGGAAGACGGGCUUCCACUGGCGCUUACCGUUCAGUCUGACACCGGGCAGACCGGACCGAGACGCCUCCGGGAACAGCUGCGUGAUUCAUGACGUCAUCUUCCACCCAGACGCGCUGCACGCGGCGGAAAACAACAAGAGACUGAUGGAGCUGCUCCACAGAACCGCGAUCGGAGGCGUCGAGGACUCCUUCCACAUCAAGCUGGACAGAAGGAAUAUAAAGCAGCUGAAAAUGAAGUAUAAAGGUGUUCCUCAGGCGGCUGUGAUCCGCAGACCGAUUCCUGGCCACGAGCAGCAGCAGAGCACCAGAGACCUGGAGCAGACCCACACAGAACCAGAACCAGAACCCGAACCCGAAGCCUCCUGUGCCGCUCCUCCAGAUCAUGAGGACUCCAGAUCUUCAUCAUCCAGUCAGCCUACUGAACCACAUUACACCGUAAAGUAUCGGUCCGUCGUCGAUCUGCAGGACUACAGGUGCUCCAGAGACUCGGGGCCCGGGGCCCGACCCACAGACAUCAUCAUCACUGUGUCUUUACCGCUGCUGAGAUCUGCGCAGGACGCUGAGCUGCUCGUCCUGGAGCAACGGCUCGUCCUGCAGUCUCACAAACCAGCGUAUAAACUAGAUCUUCCGCUCUCCUAUCCUGUGGAUGAAGACAAAGGAGACGCCAAGUUCAACAAAACCAAGAAACAGCUGACCAUCACUCUUCCUGUUCAGCCAGCGAGGAGCACAGAAUUACAGCAGACCAGAUGUGAUGAGAUGAAGAGCGAGGAGGAGGAAGAUCAGAUCAGAUGUGAUGAGAUGAAGAGAAGCGAGGAGGAGGAAGAUCAGACCAGAUGUGAUGAGAUGAAGAGGAGCGAGGAGGAGGAGGAGGAUCAGAACCCUCGCACAUCUAAUGAGGAGGUUCUGGAGACAGAAUUAAACUGCAGUAUUGUCAGUCCUUCAGCAGGUGAUACAGCCGGACUACAGCAAGAGCCUUUAGCAUCUCAGUUAAUCGAUUUAACGACAGAACCACAGACACCUGAUCAUUUACAGCUCAUCUGCUCUGUGGAAACAGACAAUGAAGAUGGAACCCACAUCAAUCGAGCGGUCGCCUCACCAAAUACAAAGUGUUCCAGUGAGUCUGAGAUCCAAACCCAUGUGAAAGCAAACGCUGGAGAUGAAGACGUCCAUGAAGUGAGCGGCGCCCUGCACACAGAAAACACAGCGAGUGACGCUAAUGCAUUAUUUCCUCACCAGACGCUGGACACAGAUGAUACUGCACUAAACCAGCAACUGAAUCACGAGGAGGAUCAGAGCUCUUCUCAGGACGAGCCAGAGACGAGACGUUCCUCAGAAGACCACGAGAGCACAGCGGAGGAAACAGCGUCUGCUGACGGAGUCAUCUUGAGAGAGAUCGAGCGCGACGGCAGAGACGUCUUCAUCUGCAGUCACAAGACCUCGGCCGCUCUGUGCUUCCAGAACUCUCUCUGGUCUGAUUUGGACUAAACUCUCUGAGCUUACUGAUAGCGUGCUAUCUCAUCAUUGGGGUUCUAUAGUCAUGAUAAUUCACUUACUUUUAGUUAACUCAAGUUGGAUGUUUAAAUGUAGAGAAAAAUAAAAAUCAUUGUUUAGAAAUCUACUUAUAAAAAGAGACUGAUCUUUUGGGGGAAUAAUUAAAUAAAGGAAACUGAGAAAAUACAGAA